UUGAAACAUAGGACUCAGCGAGAGAGAGAGAGAUUUGAAGACGAUGACGAGUGGAGGAGGAUACGGAGAUCCGUCGCAGAAGAUUGAUUACGUGUUCAAAGUGGUGCUGAUCGGCGAUUCAGCGGUUGGGAAAUCGCAGAUACUAGCUAGAUAUGCGAGAGACGAGUUCAGUUUGGAUUCUAAGGCCACCAUCGGCGUCGAGUUUCAGACUAGGACGCUUGUUAUUGACCACAAGAGUGUUAAGGCUCAGAUCUGGGAUACCGCCGGCCAAGAACGAUACAGAGCGGUAACGAGUGCAUAUUACCGAGGAGCCGUUGGGGCAAUGUUAGUUUAUGACAUAACCAGACGCCAAACCUUUGAUCAUAUCCCAAGAUGGCUAGAGGAAUUGCGUGCUCAUGCAGACAAGAAUAUUGUGAUCAUCCUUAUUGGGAACAAGUCAGAUCUUGUUGAUCAACGAGCAAUACCGACCGAAGAUGCUAAAGAGUUUGCAGAGAAAGAAGGCUUGUUCUUCUUGGAGACAUCUGCAUUUAACGCAACUAAUGUUGAGAGCGCUUUCUCCACGGUUUUGACAGAGAUCUUCAACAUUGUGAACAAGAAAAGUCUGGCUGCGAGUGAAGAUCAAGAGAACGGUAAUCCCGGGUCACUUGCCGGUAAGAAGAUUGAUAUUGUUCCAGGUCCUGGUCAAGUGAUACCAACGAAGAGUAACAUGUGUUGUAACUCUUAGAUAACCAAUUCAAUUCUUGAAUUUUACUUGACAAUAUAUAUAUAUAUAUAUAUAUA